CGGCUUCCCCGCCCGUCUGCUGGGGGCCGGCCCUCAGCCCUCCAGCCCCCUUUUCCCUACAUGCCUGGGAAGCCAGGGGCAGACAUGGACCUUCCUGAUGACACCAGCUGAGCCUGGAGGCCUCACCCCUCGGGAGACCAUGGAGAGGGACAGCCACCGGAAUGUUCCCCCGGCAAGGACGCCUCCUGCCCGGGCUUCCUCGGCCCUAGGAUCGCCGGCCCGUGCAUCACCUUCCAGGUCAUCGUCCAGCAGGUCUUCCACGUCAGUCUCCACGACAUCCUCUCCAACGAGAGUCUACCUGGUUAGAGCAACGCCAGUGGGGGAUGUACCUGUCCGGGCAUCUCCUGCCAGGUCCCAGCCAGCUGCCAGGACCACUGGGGAAAGCCCAGGUAUCAGCUUACCCAAGUUCACCUGGCAGGAGGGCCAGAAGCGGCUGCCGCUCGUCGGAUGUAUCCUUCUCCUCAUCACCCUCGUGGUGUCGCUCAUUGUUCUCUGGCCAGGGAGGAGGUCACUGAGCAGCCACGCAGUGGGGUCAGGACUAGAGCCCCUGACUGACGACUUGCCGUCCAGAGCUCUCCCUGCUACACAUCAAGUCUACUUCUGGCGGGGCCACACAAGAGUCAAGUACAAGGAGCCAGUAGAGAGCUGCCCCAAGCACGCUGUGCGCUGUGAUGGGGUCGUGGACUGUAAGCUGAAGAGUGAUGAGCUGGGCUGUGUGAGGUUUGACUGGGACAAAUCCCUGCUUAAAGUCUACUCUGGACCCUUCCAGAAGUGGCUUCCUGUCUGCAGUGAUGGCUGGAAUGACUCCUACUCAGACAAGACCUGCCAGCAGCUGGGUUUCAUGAGUGCUUACCGGACAACCAAGGUGACCGACAGGGACUUUGCCAGCAGUUUCUCAAUCUCUGAAUAUAACUCCACCAUCCAGGAGAGCCUCUACAUGGAUGAAUGCCCUUCUCAGCAGUAUGUCUCUCUACAGUGUUCCCACUGCGGACUGAGGGCCAUGACCGGACGGAUCGUGGGAGGGGCUCUGGCCCCAGAGAGCAAGUGGCCUUGGCAAGUUAGUCUGCAGUACGGCAACACCCACAUUUGUGGGGGCACGCUGAUCGACGCCCAGUGGGUGCUCACCGCUGCCCACUGCUUCUUUGUGACCCGGGAGAAGAUCCUGGAGGGCUGGAAGGUGUACGUGGGCACCAAUAACCUGCAUCACCUGCCCGAGGCAGCCUCCAUCGCCCAGAUCAUCAUCAAUGGCAACUACACGGAUGAGCAGGAUGACUACGACAUCGCCCUCAUGCGGCUCUCCAAGCCCCUGACCCUGUCGGCUCAUGUCCACCCUGCCUGCCUCCCCAUGCAUGGACAGACCUUCAGCCUCAAUGAGACCUGCUGGAUCACAGGCUUUGGCAAGACCAAGGAGACAGACGAGAAGACAUCCCCUUUCCUCCGGGAGGUGCAGGUCAGCAUCAUCGACUUCAAGAAGUGUAAUGACUACUUGGUCUACGACAGUUACCUCACCCCAAGGAUGAUGUGUGCUGGGGACCUGCGGGGAGGCAGAGACUCCUGCCAGGGAGACAGUGGGGGGCCCCUGGUCUGCGAGCAGAACAACCGCUGGUACCUGACAGGAGUCACGAGCUGGGGCACAGGCUGUGGCCAGAGAAACAAACCCGGCGUGUACACCAAAGUGACCGAAGUCCUUCCCUGGAUAUACAGCAAGAUGGAGAGUGAGGCGCGCUUUCGGAAAUCUUAAGCAGCUGUCCUGCUCCACCUGACGGCACUGGCUGCUGUGAAAACUCUGGCCAAAGUGACCGGGCCAUUUGCAGCAGCAUCCGGGCUAAAGGCCACCAGAUACUUUCAUGACUGCCACCUUCAGCGUCUGCUGCCUCUGAACACACACACACGUGUGUGUGUGUGUGCAUGUGUGCCAGGGUAUAUGUGUGUGUCACCGCUUUCCCAAGGUCUUCAGAAACCAGGAGAGCUGUCAACUCUUCCCAAACCCCAGGCUGGAAAUCACCUGGAGAUAACUGUCUGGGCACCGUGGAGAUUCCCAUGGGGGUGUCCAAAACAGAUGGAGGAGGCAGAGCCCAGGGAAGGGCCUGGAAGGUCACAUCAGGAAUUCUUGCUCCUCUGACCCUGAUUCAGAUGAGCCCAGAAUGGGCAGCCACCCGGUGGCCCAGCCAUCACUGCCGUCAAGGGACAGUGAAAGGUUUCAUGGAGUGCCUGCACUGUCCCUAGUGGGAAGAUAUUCCUGUUGGCAUUCCCAGCAUCCUGCCCUCUCUGAGCCGUCCUGCUGGUGCCACUGGUGUAGAGCGGGGCUGUGCCGUGGCUGUCCCUGCUGACCACUGUGAGCAGGGCUCACUGUCCUUGUUUGGUCACAGGCUGCUGGAGGCAAAUUUCAUUUCAUUUUUUUUAUAUAUUCAAGAAAGGGAAGUAGAUGUAUUUUUAAAGAUUCUCCAAAAAUUCUAGGAGCCAAGAGAGCUAGCAUCAGUCACCCCAAGAACUCCGAGGGACCUCUGGGAGCUGAGCUCUGGAGUCCCGUGGAAUGCUCCUGGCCUCAAGGGACUGGAUGAAGGGGUCCCGUUGAGAUACUCAGGGAAGUGAAUCCUACGUGGGCCGGCGGACAAAUCCAACACAAAGAGAGCCGCAACGGCUGCUGCAUCUCGGGGCUGCAAGGGCACAAAGGAAGCGACGCUGCUUCUCCGUGAGCCCCCGGAGCCUGGGGACAUCCAGCUGGACCGGCAUCUCUCACACCCGCGGCCGUCUUCGGACUUUGGAGCUUCCUCACAGCUUUCUCCACCUUUCAAUGUCUCAGUCGUUCCAGAGACAUAGCAUUGUCAUGAAAACUGUCACGAAGGGAAAGCCGACUCUGUCCCCAGGCCCUCCAAACAGCCCUUCUGAAGGAUCCUAGUCACCCCCUUUUGCAGGCCAUCAGCACGCCCAGCCUCUGCACCAGCUGAAGUCCUGGACCGUCCCCCAUCCUUUUCUCUGGGGCACCCAUGCCUCCCGCAGUCCCAUUCUCCUUGCCUUCCUUAGGACUGUCUGGUGGUGCUCUGACUUCCAGAGGUGGGGUCCAAGCAGAUCAGCCCAGCCCAACCCAGAGCAGGCAGGUGGCUGCUGGGGCGACUGUUCUGGAAGAGCAGGCUGGAGCUGGCUAGUGUGGCUGGGCAGAGUCUGAAGGGGCUGGUUGCAUGUCAUUAAGGCUGGGGGGUGGGGGGGGGCAAAAUUCACAGCCCCAGUAUCCCCCAGCAAUGGUCUUCAGCAAUAAAAGUUGUGUGACCUGAA